UAGAAAGUCAGACUGACGUGCCGUUUCUCUAAUAACACCAUUCAGAAUCGUGACGCAAAAAGGUUUACCGGAAGGUCAGGCCCAGACUUCCUGUGUUUUCUUGUAAUGGCGGAGCACGUAGAGGGAGACGGUAUUGGAUUCGGCGACAACAGGAUGACGGACCAGCAGGCCUUGCGUUUCCGUGUCCCCUCCCCUGCCCCCGGCCCCGCCCCCAGCCCCACCCCUGCUGCCGUGAUGCGUGGGCCCCCCCCUCUAAUGAGGCCCCCUCCUCCCCCGUUCGCCAUGAUGAGGGGUCCCCCGCCACGCCCACCGUUCGGCCGGCCGCCCUUCGAUUCCAGCAUGCCGCCCAUGCCCCCCCCGGGGGGCAUACCCCCCCCUCUCGGACCCCCGCACCUGCAGAGGCCUCCAUUCAUGCCCCCCCCGAUGGGCAGCAUGCCUCCACCCCCCGGCAUGAUGUUCCCCCCCGGAAUGCCUCCAGUGCCCGCCCCCGGCACCCCCACCCUCCCGCCCAACGAGGACCUCUGGGUGGAGAACAAGGCGCCCGAAGGAAAGGUGUACUACUACAACGCCCGCACGCGGGAGUCGGCCUGGAGCAAGCCGGAGGGUGUGAAGAUCAUCCAGCAGGCCGAAAUUAACCCCCUCAUGGUCACCCAAUCGGCUGCUGCCACCUCAUCUGCCAGCCUACCAGUGGCCAGCAUUGUGUCAAGCCCCAUUCCCACACAGGCUCCCACUCCUGGCCCCGGCCCCGGUCUCUCCCCCAGCACCACCACUUCCCAGGCCCUGUCCCAUCCCAUCUCCACCCCCGCAGCGGUGGAGAUGGCUGCCAUGGUAACCGCCCCCUCCAGCGCCGCGGUGACCCCGGUGCCGACCGUCAGCAUCCCCACGGUAACGGCCACGGCAACGACGGUGCACACGCUGCCGCAGACGCUCCCCCAGAGCCUCCCCGCCGGGCUGCCGCACCCCAUGCCGCAGGCCACGCCCUCCCUCCCCGCCUUCCCGCCCGUCAUGGUGCCGCCGUUCCGCGUGCCUUUACCUGGGAUGCCCAUUCCCCUGCCAGGUGUAGCAAUGAUGCAGCUAGUCAGCUGUCCCUAUAUAAAGACACUCGCUCCCAACAAGAACGGUUUACUCCCCGGGAUGGCCCCUCCCUUAGUUCCCAUGAUGCACCACCCUCAGAUGGCGAUGGCGGCGGCCCCGGCGGCGCUCUCAGGGCUGUCACUCACAGAGUGGUCCGAGUACAAGACGGCCGACGGGAAGGCGUACUUCUACAACACGCGCACGCAGGAGUCCACCUGGGACCGGCCCCAGCAGCUCCGCGAGAGAGAUAAGGAGGUGGAGAAGGCCAAGGAGCUGACUCUCUCCGAGGAGGAGGAUCUGAUGGACAUGGAGGAGGCGGAGCCCAAGGUGGAGCCUCCUAAGGAGGUGCGAGAGGAGCCCAAGGAGGAGGAGAUGACGGAGGAGGAGAGGGCGGCCCAGAAGGCCAAACCCGUGGCCACCACCCCCAUCCCCGGCACCCCCUGGUGUGUGGUGUGGACCGGGGAUGACCGCGUGUUCUUCUACAACCCCACCACCCGGCUCUCCAUGUGGGACCGUCCCGAGGAGCUGGUGGGCCGGGCCGACGUGGACAAGAGCAUCCAGGAGCCCCCCCACAAGAAGGGCUUGGAGGAGACGCGCAAGCUGGGUGAGCCCCCCCACCCUCUGCGGGGGCACCCUGGGAUCAGCAAGGACGAACUGGAAGCAGCUGUAGAGGAAGCUCUGGAAGAUGAGCCAAUCAAAGCCAAGAAGAGAAAGAAGGAGGAGGUGCGAGAGGACUCUGAGAAGGAGGCGGCGAUGGAGGUGGAGAUGAAGGCGGCGAGGGAGCGGGCCGUGGUGCCGCUGGAGGCCCGGAUGAAGCAGUUCAGAGACAUGCUGCUGGAGAGAGGGGUCUCGGCCUUCUCCACCUGGGAGAAGGAGCUGCAUAAGAUCGUGUUUGAUCCCCGAUACCUGCUGCUGAACCCCAAGGAGAGGAAGCAGGUGUUUGAGCAGUAUGUGAAGACGCGGGCAGAGGAAGAGAGAAAAGAGAAGAAGAACAAACUGAUGCAGUCGAAGGACGAGUUCAGAAAGAUGAUGGAGGAGGCCAGAAUCGGCGCCAGGAUGACCUUCAGCGAGUUUGCGUCGAAGCAUGGCCGCGACUCGCGCUUCAAGGCCAUCGAGAAGAUGAAGGACCGGGAGGCCAUCUUCAUCGAGUUCAUGACCGCGCUCCGGAAGAAGGAGAAGGACGACUCCAAGAACCGCGGAGAGAAGGUGAAGCUGGAUUUCUUCGAGCUGCUGGCGGACCACCACGUGGACGGGCAGCUGCGCUGGAGCAAGGUGAAGGAGAGGCUGGAGGGAGACCACCGCUACAAGGCUGUGGAAGGUUCCGCUGCCAGGGAGGAGCUCUUCAAGCAGUUUGUGGAGAAACAGGCCAAGAAGCUGGACUCUGAGAAGGAGAAGGAGCUGGAGCGGCAGGCCCGGAUCGAGGCCAGCCUGAGGGAGCGGGAGAGGGAGGUGCAGAAGGCUCGCUCGGAGCAGACCAAGGAGAUCGACCGCGAGAGAGAGCAGCACAAACGCGAGGAGGCCAUCCAGCAUUUCAGAGCCCUAAUGUCCGACAUGGUGCGCUCGUCGGACGCCUCGUGGUCGGACACGCGGAGGAACCUGCGGAAGGACCACCGCUGGGAGACUUCCUCACUGCUGGAGCGCGAGGAGAAGGAGAAGCUCUUCAACGAGCACAUCGAGGCGCUCGCCAAGAAGAAGAAGGAGCACUUCCGCCAGCUGCUGGACGAGACCACCACAAUCACGCUCACAACAUCCUGGAAGGAGGCGAAGAAGGCCAUUAAGGAAGAUCCUCGCUGCAUUAAGUUCUCCAGCAGUGACCGGAAAAAGCAAAGGGAGUUCGAGGACUACAUCAAAGACAAGUACAUCACCGCCAAAGCAGACUUCAGGACGCUUCUAAAAGAGACCAAGUUCAUCACGUACAGGUCCCGGAAGUUGAUGCAGGAGUCGGACCAGCACCUGAGAGACGUGGAGAAGGUUCUGCAGAACGACAAGCGCUACCUGGUGCUGGAGUGUGUUCCAGAGGAGCGCCGCAAGCUCAUCAUGUCCUACAUAGAGGACCUGGACCGCCGCGGGCCGCCCCCCCCACCCACCGCUUCCGAGCCCACCCGCCGCUCAACCAAGUAACAGAACCCGGGUCUCUGCGUCACCGCGGCAACAACAACACGCCACACCCACCCACCCGCCGCUCAAUCA